UUUUUUAUUUUAUUGUUUUGGUCAACGAAAAUAGUAAUGAUUAUGUUGGCUUAGCAUUUUUUCUUUUACGUAUAUCGGUAAAGUCUUUGUCUCUCCAUCAGACUGUAGUCGUUCAAUGGCUAUUGCAGAGGUGAUUGGUUUCUUCACACUUGUUUGUGUAAUUUGGUAUUGGGUUUACAAAAAGCACAAGAAUUUGCAGCUGAAGAUAUGCAGAUCAUCAAUCGAGUCUUCUUCUUCUUCGUCGUCCCUUUCAUCUCCUCCAUCUCUUUCGUCUCCUAUAUCUCGAACCUGGACACACCAAGUCUUUCCGAGCUUCCGCGGGGAAGACGUACGGAAAGGGUUUCUUAGUCAUAUCCAGAAGGAGUUCAAAAGCAAAGGAAUCGUUCCCUUUAUUGAUGACGAAAUGAAGAGAGGCGAAUCGAUCGGUCCGGGGCUGUUUCAGGCCAUUAGAGAAUCAAAGAUAGCAAUUGUCUUGCUCUCAAAGAACUACGCUUCGUCUAGCUGGUGCCUCAACGAAUUGGUGGAGAUUAUGAAUUGCAGGGAAGAGAUUGGUCAAACGGUGAUGACUGUUUUCUAUCAAGUGGAUCCAUCUGAUGUGAGAAAACAGACCGGAGAUUUCGGUAAAGCCUUUAAGAAAACCUGUGUUGGCAAAACACAAGAGGUGAAGCAGAGAUGGAGUCGAGCUUUGAUGGACGUCGCAAACAUACUCGGACAAGAUUCUCGCAAAUGGGAUAAAGAAGCGGACAUGAUUGUGAAAGUUGCAAAAGAUGUAUCAGACGUCUUGAGCUAUACGCCGUCGAGGGAUUUUGAUGACUAUGUUGGAAUCCGUCCUCAUAUCACAAGAAUCAAUUCCUUGUUAUGCCUAGAGUCUAGUGAUGUGAGGAUGAUAGGGAUAUUGGGUCCUCCUGGGAUUGGCAAGACCACCAUUGCACGAGUUUUAUAUGAUCAAAUCUCUGAAAAGUUCCAGUUUUCUGCCUUUAUAGAGAACAUCAGACUAAGCUACUGGAAAGGCUGGCACGAUGAGGGUAAUUUGGAUUUUCCAGUUGAGAUCAUGACUGGAGACCGGCAAAGGAAGUUGAAUUUACAAAGACGGCUUUUGUCUGAGUUAUUCAACCAGAAGGAUAUCCAGGUUCGUCAUUUAGGUGCAGUUCAGGAGAGGCUCAGGGACCACAAAGUUCUUGUCAUUCUUGAUGGCGUCGAUCAAUUAGAGCAGCUAACUGCAUUGGCGAAAGAAACUCAGUGGUUCGGCUAUGGAAGUAGGAUUAUCAUCACAACACAAGAUCAAAGGCUUUUGAGAGCGCAUGAGAUCAACCAUGUUUACAAGGUGGACCUCCCUGCUACAGAUGAAGCUCUCCAGAUCUUCUGUCUGUAUGCUUUUGGUCAAAAGUUCCCAUAUGAUGGUUUUAAGAAACUUGCUCGGGAGUUUACUGCACUUGCAGGUGAACUUCCUCUAGGUCUAAGAGUUUUGGGAUCUUAUUUGCGAGGAAUGUCCUUGGAGGAGUGGAAAAACGCACUACCACGGUUAAGGACUAGCCUUGACGGUGAAAUUGAGAAAACUCUAAGAUUUGCCUACAAUGUCUUGAGCGAUAAAGAUAAAUCUCUUUUUCUCCAUAUAGCAUGUUUGUUCAACGGCUGUCAAGUUAAUCAUGUGAAACAGUGGCUUGCUAACAGCAGUUUGGACGUUAACCAUGGCUUUGAAGUCUUGAGCAAUAAGUCUCUCAUAUCUACAGAUAUGGGACUCGUACGGAUGCAUUCUUUGCUUCAACAACUAGGUGUUGACAUUGUCCGUAAACAAUCUAUUGGAGAGCCUGAAAAACGUCAGUUUUUAGUUGACGUUAAUGAGAUUUCUGAUGUUAUCACCGACAAUACAGGCACUGGGACUAUUCUAGGCAUAAUGCUUCAUGUCUCUAAGAUCGAGGAUGUAUUAGUUAUAGAAGAAACGGUGUUUGAUAGGAUGACUAAUCUCCAGUUUUUAAUAUUGGACGAGUGUUUGAGGGAUAAGUUGAACUUACCACUAGGCCUGAAUUGUCUACCCCGUAAAAUCAGGUUAUUGCGUUGGGACUAUUGUCCGUUGAGCAUUUGGCCCUCUAAGUUCUCUGCAAAGUUUCUCGUUGAGCUUAUCAUGCGGGCGAACAAAUUUGAAAAACUGUGGGAAGGAAUUCAGCCACUUAAAAAUCUCAAAAGGAUGGAGCUGGGUGACGCCAGGAACCUGAAAGAGAUUCCAGAUCUCUCAAAUGCCACUAACCUCGAGUCAUUGCUUCUCUCUUUUUGCACUAGUCUGUUGGAAAUUCCUUCCUCUAUUAGAGGCACCACUAAUCUCAAGGAAUUGGAUCUCGGUGGUUGCGCAAGUCUGGUGAAGCUCUCUUCCUGUAUUUGUAAUGCCACUAGUCUCGAAGAAUUGAAUCUUAGUGCUUGCUCAAAUUUGGUGGAGCUCCCCUGUGCUCUUCCUGGCGACAGCAAUAUGAGAUCUCUGUCUAAACUUCUUUUGAACGGAAGCUCACGGUUGAAAACUUUUCCAGAGAUCUCCACAAACAUCCAAGAACUCAAUCUGAGUGGUACAGCGAUAGAAGAAGUGCCUUCAUCGAUCAGGUUGUGGUCUCGUCUCGAUAAAUUAGAUAUGUCGCGGUGCAAAAACCUGAAGAUGUUUCCACCUGUUCCUGAUGGAAUUUCAGUGCUAAACUUGAGUGAGACAGAAAUAGAAGACAUUCCUCCGUGGGUCGAGAAUCUCUCUCAGCUUCGACACUUCGUUAUGAUCAGAUGCAAGAAGCUGGACAACAUCUCAUUAUCAAGAAUUUCCAAGAUGGAAGGUGUUCAUUGUCUGCAAAUUACUCGUGGUGAUGAGGAUGUCUCUGGUGAUUCGAUAGUAAACAUCAGGUGGUACUCUAACUUCCCAAACCAAUGGACUUUACAGUCGGAUAUGUUACAAAUUUGUCUGCCAGAGUUGGUUUAUACUUCCCCAGUGUCCCUACACUUCAUCAGUAAUGAAUUCAAGACUAUUCCAGAUUGCAUCAAAAAUCUUUCUCAACUACAUCAGCUUUCGUUCUAUAGAUGCCAUAAGCUUGUAUCGCUGCCGCAACUUUCAGACUGCCUCUCAUCUCUAGAUGCAGAAAAUUGUGUGUCACUUGAGACAAUAGAUGGCUCCUUUCACAAUCCAGAUAUCCGUCUGAAUUUUUUAAACUGCAACAACUUGAAUCAAGAAGCAAGAGAACUCAUCCAGAAAUCGGUUUGCAAACAUGCUCUGUUACCUUCUGGAGAAGUUCCUGCAUACUUCAUUCAUCGAGCUAUUGGAGAUUCCGUAACAAUUCAUUUGAAAGAGAGGCAUCUUCCUCUAUAUUUGAUAUUUAAGGCUUCUCUAGUGCUGUUCAAUGACGAUGAAAUCAAUUACGAUUACGAUGAUGACGAUGAUGAUGACUAUGACGAGGAGGUCAUAGUCUAUGGUGAUUAUGAUAGUUACCCUCAUAGCGAUGAUUAUACCAAACAGGAGACCAUGAGGUUAUCUUGUCGUGUCGAAGGCAAACAGAAUGGCCUCACUAUUCAGUAUGGAUCUAGUGUGCACCUUCUACCAACUCCGCAUAGGUAUACAGAGCAUGUGUAUAUAUUUGAAGCUUCUUUCUCCCUAGGCGAGUGCAACAGUCCUGAAGCAGAAAGCGAGCUUGUCUUUGACUUCAAGGUUCACGAUUACUUUUGGGCGAUAAAAGAGUGUGGUCUUCGACUCUUGGAGCUCCCUCAUGCUCAUGGAGACGAUUGACAAGAGCUUCAGAUGUAGUAGCAGAGGUUGUGCAGACAGCCAGAUGGAGAAGAAUCUGGCAAUAACGAGGAUGAGCAAAAAAAAUAGUGACAUCUGUAUAAACCUCUCUGGUGCAUAUAUGAAAGUGGGAUCAAGAUGGUGUUCUUGAUGCAGCAAUCAAGUGGGGCUCUAACUUGAUGCACAAUAUCCAUACCUGAGAAGGCUUACACUUCUCCAAUUUUGGUGUUCUUGUUCCGUAAUGAUUUAAGGCGCUACCACACUGUAACGUAUGUCUCCCUCGACUACAACAGCUUGUAGUGAAGAUUAAGGCAAAAAAAAUUCUUGGAAGAUUGGUUCAUCAUUUGCUCUCAAAAAGCCUGCAAAAUUUCUCUUAAAGGAUAAUCUAGAUGAUGACUUGGAUCUUAUUGAUGAAGAUUCUCUGCUAACGGAGGAUGACUUGAAGAAGCCUCAAGUUCCUGCUGCCAGCGGUUGUGAGACCCCCAAAAAAGCUUGCAAGAACUGUGUCUGUGGUCGAGAUGAGAUCGAGAGAAAAGCUGUGAAGCUGGGCCUCACAGAGGAUCAAAUCGAGAAUCCACAAUCAUCAUGUGGCAGCAUAAGCUUCUUAAGAGUUUGUUGGUCGUGGUGCUCGUGCUUGUUACCAGAAGAGUUGCCGUUAAAAAGCUGGUUUGUUUUGUUUUUCAAUUUCGAGUUAUCGUAAGUUUUUUUUGGAGUAUGGACUUGUGAGACUCUUUAGAUUUAUAUUUUUCAGCUUUAUUGGAUAAUGGUGAUUCUCCUAGAAACUUAUGUUUUGUUAUGUCUACUCGUUUGCUAUCUUACAGUUGUUAUCUUUAUUUCAAUAUCUUGUGUUUUUCACUCUUUCGUUCUUGUCCCAUGAUGUAUGAUGACAUUUGCUUUGUUCUAUCAAUAGCUUGAUUCACUCA